UGGAUUCAUCUCUCCCACUCCGGGAGGCCCUUGGGGCCGAGGGGCGCUCUUCUACAGUUGAGGAAAAAGGGAGAGGGACCGUGACUUGCUCAGGCUCGCACAGCAAGUUAGUAAGGCCGGGGGCUGAUGGCUAGCUGACUUGGGCCCAAAGUCCAGACCUUUUUACCAGUCAAAUACCUUUCCCCUCUCAGUCUCAUUUCUUUAUUUCAGAAAGAGGGGUGAUCAUUUUUUCCAUACAGGUUCGUUGUGAGGGUUCCCUCUUUCCUUCAGCUUGUUUUUUGAGCCCUUGGUAUGUGCCAGGUGCUGUGCGGUGAAAAGUUUGUAAACCACCUAUAAGUGCUGUACACAUGCUUGACGUCCAGCUCCGUCUGUCCCCCAUGGCCCCAUGGAGCCGAGAGGCGGUGCUGAGUCUCUACCGGGCUCUGCUGCGCCAAGGCCGAGAGCUUCGCUACACUGAUCGAGACUUCUACCUUGCCUCCAUCCGCCGAGGACAAGGUGCCUUCCAUAGACACACCUGCCUCUCUCCUGCCUCCACCUCACAGAUGCGGUAAGAAGCCUCAGGCGGAUUCAUAACCACUGCGCCACCAGAGAAGCCCGGAUGUUUUGUUUUAAAAGAAAUAAAACAGUGUUCAUUGUUUUGUAUGGGGAACUGUGUAUGGUCAGCUUUGUCCUGAUUGGAUUACUAUGCCUCAGGCAAGCAAUGGCAGGCGCUGGUGAGCGCAAAAGCAAGAAGGAUGACAAUGGCAUCGGGACGGCCAUUGAUUUUGUGCUCUCCAAUGCCCGGCUGGUGCUGGGGGUGGGUGGAGCAGCCAUGCUGGGCAUCGCUACACUGGCAGUUAAGCGGAUGUACGAUAGGGCGAUCAGUGCCCCUACCAGCCCCACCCGCCUGAGCCAUUCAGGGAAAAGGAGCUGGGAAGAACCGAACUGGAUGGGCUCCCCUCGACUGCUUAACAAGGACAUGAAGACAGGCCUAAGCAGGUCCCUACAGGCCCUCCCCACAGGCUCCUCGGCCUUUGACACAGAUACAUUCUGCCCACCCCGGCCCAAGCCAUUGGCCAAGAAGGGCCAGGUAGACUUGAAGAAGUCACGACUCCGCAUGUCCCUGCAGGAGAAACUUCUUACUUACUACCGGAACCGGGCGGCCAUCCCUGCUGGUGAGCAGGCUCGGGCCAAACAAGCUGCCGUGGACAUAUGUGCCGAGCUCCGGAGCUUCCUGCGGGCCAAGUUGCCUGACAUGCCACUUCGGGAUAUGUACCUGAGUGGCAGCCUCUAUGACGACCUGCAGGUGGUGACAGCUGACCACAUCCAACUCAUCGUGCCCCUUGUGCUGGAGCAGAACCUGUGGUCGUGUAUCCCCGGAGAGGACACCAUCAUGAACGUCCCUGGCUUCUUCCUGGUUCGCCGGGAGAACCCAGAGUAUUUCCCUCGUGGCAGCAGUUACUGGGACCGCUGUGUCGUAGGGGGCUACCUGUCUCCAAAGACGGUGGCAGACACGUUCGAGAAGGUUGUGGCUGGCUCCAUCAACUGGCCGGCCAUCGGGUCCCUCUUGGACUAUGUGAUUCGACCGGCACCACCCCCAGAGGCUCUGACUCUAGAAGUGCAGUAUGAGCUCGACAAGCAUCUUGUCAUUGACUUCCUGCCAUCAGUGACCCUUGGUGACACUGUCUUGGUGGCCAAACCACACCGGCUAGCCCAGUACGACAACCUGUGGCGGCUGAGCCUGCGUCCCGCCGAGACGGCACGCCUGCGGGCUCUGGACCAGGCUGACUUGGGCUGCCGCUCUCUGUGCCUCAAGAUCCUCAAGGCCAUAUGCAAGUCCACCCCGGCCCUGGGCCACCUCACUGCCAGCCAGCUCACCAACGUCAUCCUCCACUUGGCCCAGGAGGAGGCUGACUGGUCUCCAGAUGUGCUGGCCGACCGAUUCCUACAGGCCUUGAGGGGACUCAUCAACUAUUUAGAGGCUGGAGUUCUGCCCAGUGCCCUAAACCCCAAGGUGAACUUAUUUGCAGAGCUCACCCCUGAGGAAAUAGAUGAAUUGGGAUACACUCUCUACUGCUCACUGUCUGAGCCGGAGGUGCUGCUGCAGACGUAGGGCAGGUGAAGGCCAGACUAGGUGUCGGGCAGUCAGGCCCUGGAUUCUCCGUUAGAAACACGUGGCUACGUAGUUGGUGCCUCACAGGGUCCCUAGGUGCCUCCUGUCCUGCUGGUCAUCGCCCUGGUCACUUCAUGCUGAUUAGAAAGACACCACUGUCUCCUCCUUUCUCACCAACCCUUUCUAUUUUUGUUACCAAACACUGUGCUCCCUACUCUUCCCCGCCCCCUUGCUCCAGGCUGGUUUUUCUUGAAUGAAUUGAGAUGGUGGAGCACUGGCCUGAGCUGUGGGGACCACUUGGUGUUUUGCAUUUUGGCCCAGGUCUGCUGUGUCUGCCCUGCACCUGCCCCUUUUCUCUUUUUCCGCCCAUUGAUGUUGCCUUGUAGUUGACUGUCACUGAAGUUAGGAUUGCAUAUUUCAAACUGAACUCUGCAGAGAGCGCCCAGACAGUAUUUAGGGUUUCUAGGGGUAAAGCUGGUGGAAAAGCUGGUCUUUGACCCAGGUUCCUGGAAAAGAAGCCCAUUCCUGCCCCCCCACCCCCCCAACUCAUAUCCCUAAGUGUUGAGACAGUCUCUCAUGGAAACACUGUUACUGUCGCACAGGGGAGUGAGGGCUCAAGAUAAACUGGAUACAAUGUCGUUAAGAGAUUGUGUUUCUUAGUGGCCACUGGUUAGAGUGCAGAGUAGGGGAACCUGGAGGUGGUAGAGAGGGUCAGUGUGCCUGAUGUCUGUGCCUCAUCUGUAGCUGGUCCAGCCCAGCGCCACUGUGUGCAGGAGUCUGACAAAGACCCUGGAGGGAAGGGGCUGUUGGUUGCCCCUUUCCUCACUGUAUUGCCAAUUAGGACAAGGCCUUCAAGGACACAGUCUUAGUGCUAGAGGUUGACAGGCAGCUGAAUGUCAGUGACCAUGUUUCUCCCCCCAUCAGGCCUUGUCUUUCCGGGAUGUUGCCUUAGGACAAGAACAGGCCCAACAGCCUUGGCUCCCUAGUGUCUCCCAUAGGAACCUGAUGAGGGUGUUUGCUGAACUCUCCAGGCACCUCCAGAGGCCAAAGGGCAGGCAGACAUGCACAGACCUCUCCCCCGUCCUGUCUCUCACCCAGCACCCGGGGAGAUUGGUGCUACCUAGGAAGAGAGCACAUGGCUAAAACACAUAUGAGAGGGAGGUGGGUACUUCCCAUGUUCCUUCGUGUUUCCCGCUGCUAAAAUUGCACUAUUUAUUGCAAUGUAAAAAGUAUCCUGAGGGAGGAGGAAUGUGUAAUAUACAAUGGUAGU